AUGCAAGGGGGCGAGCAACCGUUUGAUCGCUCGGUGGGCCCUGCGGGCAGCAAGGCAACCAUGGCCGUGCCACCUCCCGGUCCAUCCUCAAGUGCUGAUUUGGUGCCCGUAGGGCCAGGUCCCCUUGAGGACGGAGGCGACACGGCUGAUCAUGAGGAGGAAGGAGAUGUAGCAGUGGAUGAGCAGCCAUUGGAUGCGGACGAUGAGGACAACCCGUAUGACAUGGCGUACCUUGCUGAGGACGAUUGCGACACGGACAGCGAUGACGAAGUGGAGUACCUGAAGGAGGAGGAGGAGGAGGAGGAGGAGGAGGAGGAGGAGGAGGAGGAGGAGGAGGAGGAGGAGGAGGAGGAGGAAGGUGCUUGGGGAGCUUUGGCAAGCAGGAUGCCGGGCACUUUGCCAACCGAACCAUGA